GUGGGCAUGAGGUACAGCGCCCAGCCGCAGGAGAUGAACAACCUGGAGGAAGGGGUGGAGUUCCUCCCUGCCAUGAACUCCAAGAAGAUGGAGAAGCGUGGCCCGAAGCGGCAGGUGGUCGUCACCGUCACGAUCGUUGUUUUCUUCCUCAUCUCCCUCGUCACCGGCCUCCUGGUUUGGCACUUCAGAUACAGGAACGUGGCUGUCCAGAAGUUUUUCAAUGGCCACUUGCGGGUCCUGAACUGGGACUUCCUUGACGCCUACGAGAACUCCAGCUCGCCCGAGUUCAUCAUGCUGGCCAAGAAGGUGAAGAGCACGGUGGAGGAGAUCUACAGGAAUCAUGCAGAUAUUGGCCCUUACCACAAAGAGACAGUGAUAACUGCCUUCAGCGAGGGCAGUGUCAUUGCCUACUACUUGUCAGAGUUCCUCGUCCCCAAGUACCGGGAGGAGAGUCUGGACAGGGCGAUGGCAGACAAGCAGAGCCUGGUCCAGAGGUGGAACCCCCGCCUGCGAAACCCCAUGCUGAAGGUGGAGUCGGUCAUCGCUUUCCCUGCUGACCCCAGCAUAGCUUACUCAGCUCGAGACAAUAGCUGUGUGUUUGCCCUCCAUGCCAAGGAAGGGGAGAUCACCAGUUUCACCACGCCGGGCUUCCCCAACAGCCCGUACCCCAACAACGCGCUCUGCUACUGGACUCUGAGGGCAGAUGCCAACUCCAUCAUCAGCCUGACCUUCAAGACCCUGGAGCUGGAGCAGUGCACAGACGACAGCGACUACAUUAAGGUGUACAACUCCCUGAGCCCUGUGGAGCCCCACGCUUUGGUCAGGCUCUGUGGGAAUUACGCCCCUUCCUACAACCUGACCUUCCUGUCCUCCCAGAACGUCAUGCUCGUCACGCUGGUUACCAACAAGGAGGGGAGAUUCCCCGGCUUUAAGGCUGAGUUCUUCCAGCUCCCCAAGAUGAAAGUCUGCGGUGGGACUCUGAAAGCAGAGAGCGGCACCUUCACAACUCCCUAUUACCCAGCACACUACCCCCCAGCCACGGACUGUGUCUGGAACAUAGAGGUCCCCUCGAAGAAGAACGUGAAGGUGCGUUUCAACAUGUUCUUUGUGCUGGAGCCGGGGAUCCCGGUGAGCUCCUGCACCAAGGACUACGUGGAGAUCAACAGCACAAGGUACUGUGGGGAGCGUCCCCAGUUUGUGGUGGCCAGCACUACCAACAAAAUAGAGGUCCGGUUCCACUCAGACCAGUCCUACACAGACACUGGCUUCUUGGCUGAGUACCUGUCCUAUGACUCCAGCGAUCCCUGCCCUGGCAAAUUUACCUGCAACACGGGCCGCUGCAUCGACAGAAGCAUGCGCUGCGACGGGUGGCUGGACUGCGUAGACGGCAGCGACGAGAGAUCCUGCAGACUGAGCUGGGUGGUGUACUCAGACCCCAGCCUCUGGACAGCCUACCUGGGCCUGACCAACCAGGGCAACCGCAACGGCGACAACGUGCAGUCCCGGAAAGUCAAGCGCAUCAUCUCCCACCCCUACUUCAACGACUACACCUAUGACUACGACAUUGCCGUGAUGGAGCUGCAGAGCCCGGUCACCUUCUCCUCUGUCGUCCAGCCCAUCUGCCUGCCCGACGCCACCCAUAACUUCCCUGUGGGCAAGGACCUGUGGGUGACGGGGUGGGGAGCGACUGCAGAAGGAGGCAGCGGUGCCUCCAUCUUGCAGAAGGCAGAAAUCCGACUCAUCAACCAGAGCAUCUGCAACGAGCUGCUGACGGACCAGCUCACGCCACGCAUGAUGUGUGUGGGGAUCCUGACGGGCGGCGUGGAUGCCUGCCAGGGAGACUCCGGGGGCCCCCUGGUCAGCGUGGAGCCCAGCAGUCGGAUGUUCCUGGCCGGCGUGGUGAGCUGGGGUGACGGCUGCGCCCAGAGAAACAAGCCUGGAGUGUACAGCCGCCUCACCAGCCUGCGACACUGGAUCAAACAGCAGACGGGGCUCUAGGGCCACGCUCGUCCCUGCGGGGACACGGACAGCUCACGGAGCCAGGGGGGCUCUGGGCACUGGCAUUUCUCCCCCCCACUGGCAGCACGCAGCCACUACUGUGAACUUCAGCCCUCCCUCUACCUCGCGCUGGGACGCCCCGUGCGUACUGAACAGCCAGAGCUGGUGGUUUAGCCCUUUGUGUUCCCACCUCUCAACUUAAAAAUCAAUGUUUGGAGUGUAAGAAAUUUCCCUUUAGUGGGUGAGUGCAGCUCCCAUAAACAGCUUGAAGGACCAGGCAUUCAUGACAUACAUAAAAAUCAAGCUGAAAGAAAGAAGACAAACACUUUGCCUCUAAAACCCACAAACUUCAUGGGGACAGAUUCAAACCCAAGCUUUCACAAUGUAUUUUCUCUCUCCCAUUUGUCUUCAAAUUUGUUUUCACACUCCCAUAGACAAACUUGAAGGACCAGUCACUCAAGACAUAUAUAAAAAUCAACUUUAAAAAAAUCAAAGAAAAAGACAAAACACUUUGCCUCUAAAACCCACAAAUUUGAUGGGGACAGGUUCAAAACCAAGCUUCCAGAAUGUAUUUUCUGUCUCCAUUUGUUUUCAAACUGCUGUCUGCAGCCCUAGCUCUGGUCUUCAGUGUGGUGGGGCAGGGAGGAAAGAAGUUCUUACCCUGAUUUGAGGGGAUCCCCUUCAGGCUCCCUCCCUGUGUGUGAUCCUGCACCACGGUCUCCUCCUUCCAUCCUCUGUCCCGUGAGUCCAGGGCGGUGGGGCUGGAGGAGAGACUCCUGGCUGAAAGGUUACCACAGCGUGCCUUAACGCUAGGCUGGGGUUUAGCCGACGCUGGCAGGAGCUGCACUCGGUGACUUCCCCGUCCUGGCUGCGAGGAGCAGGGCUGUGCUGAAUGUGGGCCUGGAGUUUGUCCCCUGCCAGCGACACCACAGCUUUGCUGUGCCAGACACCAGUCUUAAACCCUUCUUACUUUUGUAAAGAAAAAAGAAAAUGCAACAAUGUGACUUGUGAAUGUGCCGAUUUGAUUUCUUUUUUCCUGUGUAGCCUGUUCUUUGCCCUAGAAGAGCACACUCCAGUUGAGGUUAGUUAGCCCCCUCCUUGCCUGUAAAUACAUCCUUUUGUAAAACUCUAUACGAAAUGGAGACGCUCUAAUAAACUGGGAUAUUUUCUAAUA